AUGUCUUCGGAUAUGGUCGACUUCGAGGGGGUUGACGACGCGACGGUGUUGAUGAGGAGUAGCCACUGCAGUGUGCCGUCAGGUACGGAACGGGACGAUCAUCGUUGUAAUGCGGAUGAAACGGGGAUUGGCUUCAGGAUCGAAUCGGACCGAACCGGAGAGGAAGGAAUUAAUUACCUGUGUAGUACCUACCGGGAGAGGCGUGAUGUUGAACGUGUACUCCGCAAAUCGAAUGGAUGCUGGAUGAGUACACGUACCGAGAUGAUGAUAUAUGUUGGACAAGAUAAUGCAUCUAAACCUGUGCAUCUGACUGCCUUUCUGGCUUAUAAAGCCGGCAUGACGCACAUUGUGCGGGAAGCGGAUCGUCCUGGAUCAAAGAUCAACAAGAAAGACGUUAUUGAAGCGGUUACCAUUUUGGAAGCGCCUCCAAUUGCGAUUGUUGGAGCCGUUGGUUACAUCGAGACUCCGUUCGGACCACGUGCUUUGUGUAAUGUAUGGGCCCAACAUCUGUCGGAAGAAUGUUGUCGCUUCUACAAGAACUGGCAUGCGAGCAAGAAGAAGGCUUUCAUCAAGGCUUCCAAGAAGUGGACCUAUGAUUUAGGAAAGAUGUCGAUCGACGAAAACUUCAAGAAAAUGAUCCGAUAUUGUAAAUUCAUCCGGGUCAUUGCUCAUUCCCAGAUUCGUCUUAUCAAGCAAGUCCAGAAAAAGGCUCAUAUCAUUGAGAUCCAGAUUAACGGAGGAACCAUUGAAGAUAAAGUCAAUUGGGUUAAGGAGUAUCUGAAAAAACCAGUCCCAGUUUCGCAGGUUUUCGCUAAGGAUGAAAUGAUCGAUUGUGUUGCUGUAACCAAGGGUAAGGGAUUCAAGGGUGUCACUAGCCGUUGGCACACCAAGAAAUUGACCCGUAAAACACACAAAGAUCUCCGCAAAGUUACUUGCAUUGGAGCUUGGCAUCCAUCACGUGUAGCUUUCACCGUUGCUCGUGUUGGUCAAAGAGGUUAUCAUCAUCGUACCGAAAUAAACAAGAAAAUUUAUGGCAAUGGAGCUGGCAUUCAUACAAAGGAUGGCAAGGUAAUCAAGAACAGGCUCUAA